AUGGCGAACUCCGCCAAAGACUUUUACAUGAAGGUGGUGAAUGAAGUCAUUGAAAAAAAUCGAUAGUAAUUCAUUAACGAGAGUGUAUCAGAAGAUGUCCUUGAGAAACUCAAGAAAAUCUGGGAGGAAAAGAUCAAUGAGAAGCUUACUCCAGAAGUUGACACUCGCUACAAAGAUCACAAUUAAUAUGCUGACCCUAAUUUCAUGAUGCAACAAAGACCUGGAUAAAUCGGAUAUUGGCCAUCUUAUCCUCUGCAAUUCAUGAGUUAUUAACAAAACUACAUUAUGAAUAUGAACAUGAACAUGAGAGGAGGGUACGGCUAUCCAGGAUACGUCCCGCCACCUAUUUCUUCCGGUAAUCAAUCAGCCUUUCAUCCUCCUGCUUAGCUCUAGCUUGGUAAAAGAGAAGAUCAUAGAGAGUCAAGUAUUGAUCAGCGAAAAGCUAAGCGCCCUAAAUACGAUAAUAAUGAUGGUAAUUCAGACGAUGAAUAUGAUGAAGAGGAAGAAUAGGAUGAGGAUGAGGCACUUUUCAAACAACUUUAGCCAGACUAAUAAUAAUAGCAAAACUAACAACAGUAAGCGAGCUUAUCAGCUUAAAGUGAUGCAAAAACUAAUCAGAAAAUUCCGGCUUAAAAUGGCAAUGGCUCAGCUGCCCCAGCAAAUCAUUUGCAGCAAAGUCUCCCUGUUAAAAGUGAGAACUAAAACUAAAGUGACCAAAGAUAAAGUUUGCCCUUUGGAGCCCUGGAGGAAGAGAAGUCAGCCAAUCAGAAUAUCUUCAGAGUUGAGCCACCAUAGCCUCAAGAAUAAUAAGAUAACGACAGUGAUGAAGAGGAUGAAGAUGACGAUAUUGAACAAAAGAUCAAGAAUGAACCGAAAGAUUACAUCGCUGCCCAAUAUGAAAAAGUAUAAAGAACUAAGCAGAAGUACAAGUGCACUUUCAAGGAUGUUAUAGUCCAUAUAAAUAACAAGGACUUUGUGUUGAAAAAGCUGAAAGCAGAUAUCUUCUACUGA